UGAGGCUUCUUGCUGUCAAACUAUCUCUGUCGCUGUACACAGGACCGUAAGUUACUCAGGAACGUCGUUUGUACACAGCCUGUAGCUAUUAGUCGACAGUAACACGCCUCACUGUGAAGGGAAAAUGGAAGAAGACAUACUAACGACGCUGAAAAUAUUGAUAAUAGGAGAAAGUGGCGUUGGGAAGUCCAGCCUCCUCUUGAGAUUCACAGAUGACACAUUUGACCCAGAACAAGCAGCGACAAUAGGUGUUGACUUCAAGGUGAAGACCAUUACUGUGGACGGUAACAAGGCAAAGCUGGCAAUAUGGGACACUGCAGGACAGGAGCGCUUCCGAACCCUGACGCCCAGUUACUACCGCGGUGCCCAGGGAGUCAUCCUGGUGUAUGAUGUCACACGGAGGGAAACCUUCGCCAAGCUCGACAACUGGCUCAACGAGCUGGAGACGUACUGUACAAGGAACGACCUCGUGAAAAUGCUCGUGGGAAAUAAAAUCGAUAGGGAAAACCACGAGCUAGACAGGGCAGAAGGGCUGAAGUUUGCAAGAAAACAUUCCAUGCUUUUUAUAGAGGCGAGUGCUAAGACCAGGGACGGCGUCCAGUGUGCAUUUGAGGAGCUGGUGGAGAAGAUCAUCCAGACUCCCGGUUUAUGGCAGAGUGAGAGCCACGGCCGAGGGGUCCAGCUCACCGACGAAGACGCGGGAGGCGGAUCCUGCAGCGGCUACUGCUCCCUGGUCUAGACAACGCACACAUACGCAAACACAUUCUCUCUCACACACACACACACACACACACACACACACACACACACACACACAGGUGCAACCAUUAAUACCACACAGUAUCACACACUCAAAGACAAGCAUAGACACAAACAACCCCCCCUCCACCCUCCCACUGUGUGCUGUCCUGAGCUGAGCUCCCUCCUCAGACAUGAAGGCAGUGGAGGUCUGACUGCCUCCUCUCCGCUCAGCUGUAAGGGUUGACCGUCCACGCGCUCUACCUGUGUUCACACACACUACUUUUUGCACACUUUCUAGUAAUAACGCUGCGCUAAAAUGCAAAAUGCAGUUCAGCCUUCCUCUUAAUGGAAUUUGAGUGAGUUUUUUUUUCUCUCCUCUGUUUUAUUUUGGGCCCUUGGUCAAAAUAUUAACCAUUCUCAGUUCAUACGUGGGAUUUUAGCGGUGCGGGGAAAUGAGUCCAGAAGUAUAAACCAAAGUUAGUCAGGCAUAUGGCUAAAGCUCUGAAGUAUGAUAAUGAGAAUGGAAGAAAGCAGUUUGACCAAGGGUCUCUCUCUCGUCUCCAGCAUGCUUAUUGCCCUCGGAGCACCUUGCCUUAGCGAGCACAUGUGUAUCAAUGCAGGGCCGACUUUCCUCCAGUGUUUGUUUUUCCUCCGCUCCGUCCCGCGCUUGAUCCCGAUCUUGCCCCUCAGACUCUAUGAACAUUAUGCUGCUUAUGGAGAAGCUUAUCAAGUCAAGCCAUCUUGUAUUCCAUCACAGCACUCUCGGUCGAAGGUUUGGAUCAUGUGUCUCUGUUGUCCACACAACUGCCUCAUUUUUUCUCCAGAAUAUAAUAGAGUUACCAAGCGUCUGGAAUGACGUUUACUACUUUUAUUGACUUGGACUUCAAACCUUUGGUGUGUUUUUGAAGAGUGCAUAAAUCAAAGAGAUUGGCACCAGCAAGCUUUCCACUGGGUGCCCGAAGAAGAGGGAACCUCUUAAAAUUGCACGCCUUUGUUGUAACGAGUUGCUUUAAUGGAGUGCGACUUACUGGCACUCCCUCGCUCAGACAGAUAAUAUCAGUAAUAUCACUAGCUCUGCUACGGUCUUUCAUAUACAUCCCUCUGACUGGACAGAGACAAAGGAAAAGUGUUCAAUAUUAGACGGGGCAGUGAGUCAUAAGGGUGUUUCCACUGAAUUUGGAAAAUCAAAAGAAAAAGCUGUGUGCUCCACAUUGCUAAUGGAUUUCGCAGUACUCCUAUCUCUGUGUUUGUAUCCCAGAAGCAGUUAUAAAUGUACUGUACCCCUGACCUCUGACCAUGUUUGUAGUAUUCGAGUGCUGAUGUGUGUUCUGGGAAAUGUAGUUCUGAGAUCUUGAAACAGGAAUGGUGAAAAGGACAUGGAUUCAAGCAUGUCUUAUCACGAAUUGAAUUUUUUUUAUCUCUUUUUAAUUGCAUGGGAAACUCUGCGUGCCAUUCUUUUAUGUUUGUUUGUCCAGUGAACGGCCUUCGAAGGCUCUUUUACUAUAAACACUUUAACUUAUAUUUAGCUGAAAAUAAAGCAUUGCAUACAGGUUUACCAUUGGAAUUUAAUGGUAUACUUAAACAAAAAGGAAGUAGGCUUUUACUUAUUAAACUGGUAUAGCUGUCUUUUUGUGUUCAGAAAUAUGUUGGAACAUGUAUACCUUUGUAAAUUGUGUGCAUUUUAGGAAUUUGGUGGGAUAAUUCCUGUAUGAAUUGUAAAGCUGAAUGUAUACAUAUUUCACUACAAGCUGCCCUAUGUAAUAAACUAAAUAAAAUUCUUUUUUAAAUGAA